GCCGUUAAGGCUCUCUACAGGAGUACAUGUCAGCAUUUCCACAUAAAAAAACAAAGAGAAAAGACCAUGUCGCUACAUCAAGCGAGAGCCGAUAGCACAGUUUCCAAAUACAGCGGGUCCCACCAUGAGCAAUUCACCACGUCUCUCUUCUCUCUUCCCCCUUCGCAUCCUUCCUCGCUGCCUCCAUACCUGGUCCGCCAUGGCCAAGCUAGGUGUUGCUGGUGUCUGGCCGAGAGCUCGCGGCGCUUGAGGACGUUGACGGGGACGUGGGACUCGGAGGAUGCGGACAAGCAUCGCUGGCGGCCUCCAGCACAGCUGAGCUCGAGGUGCUCAUCGCGGUCAGCGGGGUGAGCGAUAACAGGAGCUGAGCGGCAAGGCAGGGAGGGAACGGCAGCGCGGGCGUGGAGCAGGAGCGGCCGGAGGGAGCGGCAUCGGUAGCACGGGCCCAUAGCUGCUGGCGGGCGCGGCGUCGACAGCGCAGGUACCGAGCUCCCGCCUGGGCACGCGAAGGAGGAGGGUUGCCGAAGCUCGCGUGCCACCGCCGGAGCGUGGAGGAGCCGGCGACGCCGGAGCUCAUGGCGCAACACUGAUUUGCCGUCGCGCAGAUGCGCAAGCAGACGAAGAGCGUGGGACAUGGGUGGUCGGAGUUGAAGGUGGAGGUGGCUGCCGGCGUGAGGAAGAUGGGCAGAUGAGGGAGCUAGAGAGCAAAUGAGGGGGAUGAAGAUUAAAAAAUCGUGACUCGUGGGACCCACUGAGAUGGGAUGUAGUCAAUCUGUUGGGUGCAUAAUCUAUAGACACUCUCUAUAGUUGAGUUGGAUGAGUUAAAGAGAGCUUGAUCUCUACAACCGUUGCGGAUGCCCUAACAAAUCUCUUUUUUUGAAAAGCUGUUUCGCUGAGAAGUUCCAACAAUUACCGAGCUACUAUUGUUGUUGUAACUUCAUAUUCCUACUCCACAUUGUAUUCCUCACUAGGUGAAUUUAAUUCUAACAGCUACUUAUGUUAUGUUAUAUGAUAUUUACAGAGUGCCCUUUCCACAGGUAAUAUGGGAGUUGACAGAUUUCUUCACUGCCUGUUUCCACCAAAGGGAAAGCUUCAUUUCAUUUAUGCCAAGUUAGCAAAUCAUAUCUCAGCCUUGCCACCUUCUCAUUUACGAAGCUCUAUUUCGGGAUCUCACCUCCCAUCGCAGCGACCUGUUACGCACCGGCUUAUAUCGCCUCCAGGUGAUUCUUCUAUCAGUUGUCCUCUCCAAUGCAAAUUGCAAACUCUCCGUGCAUUCAUGGUGUGGCGAUUUUUUCUGCCUAUAGUGUCACUGUUUCGGUACUCAUCUGUAAGGCUACUACCUACUAAUGCCUGAAUCAGGCUGCCUGAUCCAAUGGCGAUUUUUUUUCUGCCUGCCCCUGUUCGCUGUGCUGGUACUGGAGGCUGCUGCUGGAGUGGUGUGAGAGAAAAAUAUUGCUGGCUGGUUGGUGGCUGGAGGCUGCUGCUGGAGUGGUGUGAGAGGAAAACAAUGUUGGCUGGUGCUGGAGCAGAACAGCCGAACAGGGUUUGGUCUAAGGGCUGCAUAGUAGAUGCCUUUUUGAGUUACAUGUUCUAUUGUGUAAUGCAGGCCUACAGCAGGACUCCUUUCCCAGUAUCAGUUGCUUCAAGUGCAAAGACAGUACAUUUCUGCGUCUUUUAUUCAGCACAUAUGCAAAAUUAGUAUCUUUCUGCCAUCAAUGGCUGCCAUCAAAAUAUAACAUUAUGAACAAGCUGUCUACACAUCGUACAAAACUAAAUGUUACGUUUGAAUGACAAUUGCCUGAUAUAUACCACCUUUGCCACUGCACCUAAA